AUGGGGGACGAAGGACAUGCAGAAGUUAAGGUAGACAUACAAAUCAAAUCGGCUAAAUCCUUCGAUCUCCCAUGCGAUCAUAGAGUCCACGUAAAAUGCCACCGAUGCACUGCUGCUGCAUCGUGUUCCCUGAAGGAAUGCUUUGGACACCCGCGGAACAUAUUGGCUCUGAAUCCUCAAGAACCAGAUGAGGAGUUCUUGCAGUCUGCAAUGGAAGCAGAUUUUAAAUGUACAUGUACAGUAGAGGAGCACUCGAAAGGUGCAGAAAAUCUGACCGUUGAUCAGACAAUGGGGCUACUGAGUCUUGAAUGGUGCUUAGAGAUGGAACCUUCUAAAAUUCACUUGAAAGACUGGACUGUGUGA